UGCACUUAAAGGUUUCUUACCAGCGCACUUCCUCAUCUUUCCAGUUGUUUAUGUCUGUUUCGGCACCAGUUGAAAAUGUUUGUCUUUACAUUGUUUUCAGCAACCACCUGGACUUUGCUGGCUCUUUUUUUCACCAUACUAUUACUGUAUGGCAUUCUGCCAUAUAGGGUCUUCAAAAAGCUGGGAAUACCCGGACCAAGGCCUCUGCCUUUUAUUGGAACAAUGCUAAACAUAAGAAAGGGAAUGAUUCCUUUUGACCUUGAGUGCCAAGCCAAGUAUGGGGAUGUGUGGGGGUUGUUUGAGGCACGGUCGCCAGUUUUAAUGGUGGCAGACCCUGAGAUUAUUAAAACUGUGUUGGUGAAGGAGUGCUUCUCUGCUUUUACCAACCGCAGGGAUAACAUUAUUUCUGGACCUUUGGAUGAUGGGAUUACAGUAGUCAAAGAUGAAAGGUGGAAAAGAAUUCGGAGCACUUUAUCACCAUGCUUCACCAGCGGACGAAUGAAACAGGUUUUUCCCAUCAUUGCUCGCUAUGCAGAUCGACUUGUUGAAAAACUUGGACAAACAAAUUCAGAUGAAUCCGUUGAUGUCAAACAAUUUGUCGCACCUUACAGUUUGGAUGUUGUGACCAGUGCGUCUUUCGGUGUUGAGGCAGACUCUAUAAACAAUCCAGAUGACCCACUUAUUAUUCAUCUUAAGAAGAUUCUUAACUUCAAAUUGUGGCCUUUCAUUGUACUAAUGAUAUUUCCCUUAAGUGAACGUCUGUUUAGGCUCCUGCAUAUUGACAUAAUGCCCAGACUCAGUAUGGAGUAUUUCUACAACGUCAUCAAGAGAUUUAAAGACCAGCAUCAUGCAGAGGAAUCUAUUCGAGCAGACUUCCUGCAGGUGAUGAUUCAGAACGAGAUACCAGAAUCGGUGAUAAAGAGUGAACAAGAUCAGCCGAGUAAAGGUUUGACUGAUCACGAGAUACUUACCCAGGCCCUGAUUUUCAUUUUUGGUGGCUAUGAGACCACCAGUACCACUCUCACUUACAUCCUUUACAAUCUGGCCGCCAACCCUGAAGCGAUGCAGAUCUUGCAGGAAGAAAUCGAUGCCAGCCUACCGAGAGAUGCUCCUGUUUCAUACGAGGGUCUUGUCGGUCUCCAGUACCUGGACCAGGUUAUUUGUGAGUCACAGCGUUUGCUUCCCACUGCGCCUCGGCUUGAGCGAAUGUGCAAGAAAACAGUCCAGGUCCACGGCCUCACCAUCCCAGAAGGAACGCUGGUUGGGAUUCCUGUGCACAUGUUACACAAGGACCCACGCUUUUGGAGCUCACCUGAGCUUUUCAAACCAGAGAGGUUCAGCAAAGACAGUGGUGAAGAGGUGAACCCGUACGUGUACAUGCCGUUUGGGCUUGGUCCUCGUAACUGCAUCGGGAUGCGCUACGCUGUCCUCGUACUGAAGAUGGUUGUUGUCCGUCUUCUGCAGAGCUACACUUUGGAAACAUGCAAAGACACCAUGAUUCCUUUAGAAUUGGACUGGAAGUUCCAGCCAAAAAAGCCAGUAAAACUCAAGUUUGUUCCCAGACAACAGUAGUCAAAGAGGGGGCAUCUCCAAAUGUACAAUGCUUCUGAAUUCAUCAAACUCAUUGUUUCUUCAACAUUUGGCAACUGCUUACAAUGUCGAUGAAUCAAAUGUGUUUUAUUAACUUUUGUAUCUUAAAAUUUGCAGAACAAAAAAAGCACAGAGCUUUUCUUAAUUUUUAGGGUACAGUGCAGGAAUUUAUGACAGUGUUGAAGAUUCACUGCGAGUAUUUUGUUUUAUUUUGUUUUUUAUAUGAGCUUUAUAAUCUAAUAAAACUACAGCCUGAAAAGCUAAUACUAAGAGUCAUAACCACUUGUUUAACAAAACUGACCUGUAUGUUGUUUUUCAAUAUCAGUCAGACUCCACGGAUGUCUGCAGCUCUGUCAUUGAUGGGUAUUUGUCUCCACCUAGUGGCGGACUAAGCUUCACCUGAGACACCAACUGAUAACCAAAUUCACGUGAAAUACUGUAUAUUUUGGUGACCUGAUUAAAGUUUAACCAAAUUUUCAUUAGUUUUUACUUAACAUACUGAAAAGAAAAGGCCAAGUGUCCGAAAUCUCAAUUUACAUCUCACUAUUGUCUAUAAUAAAGGUAGUGAUUUCAGACACAA